AUGACGGAUAGGGUGCUGUGUCGUUACUUUGCGCUGAACGCGUGCAAGAAGGGCGACGCUUGCCCCUUCUCACACAACCUCAAAGAUCAGCCGAGCAAUGUGUGCACGUUUUACCUGCGUGGAAACUGCAGCUAUGGAACAAACUGUCGCUACGAACAUGUCUCUGCCCGGAAGCUUGCCGAGACGCAAGGUUGGGGCCCCCUUGCCGGAAAGCCCGCAGCCGGGGGUCAUCCCGCCCCCGAAAGCAGCCCCCCGUCCGUGCUUGUUUCGGCCCACAGCCCCACUGCAAUGAUUCUGGGGGGAACUCAGGUGGAGAGCCCAAUUCCCACCAGGCCAGUGAGUGAGGACAAGGGGGGUGUGAAUAGGGACGGCGUCGAUGCAAACGGGGGCAAGUCUUGGGCGGCGAUGGCUGCAAAGGCGCGAAAAGAGAACGGGAGGGAACUGUCGAAGCCCGGGGAAAAAGGAGCAAAUGCGCCCAAGGGCCCUGUUUCUGGCGCGAAGAGUCCGACGAAAGGGGUGGAAAACGGGCAUGCAGUUGGUCAGCAGGGCCCCAACUCAGUGGACGCAGUUCUGAGGAGUGCUAGCGGCGAAGUUUCCGAUGGAAACGGGUCCGCUUCUGGGGGGGUGUCAUCGCACACUGCCACGGAAACCCCCUUACUCGAUUCCAGCGAGUCAGAUCUUCCCCGGCAAACCUCAGACUUAGGAAUGUCUAACGGGACCGCUCAGGCGAGCGAGCAGGCAGAGAACGCUAGAGAUUCUUCAGGGGAGGAGUUCGAUGUGCAGCGGGGGGCAUGGAGACCCCCUCAUCUGCAGGAAGCGUCAGAAGGGGGGAAAGUCAGCCCAGGGAUCCCCCACAGCAUAAGCCCAGGCUUGAACUCUGCCGCGCGUGCCUUCUCCCCCUCUUCCACUUAUCAAGAUCCAAAUGGGGGGCAGUAUAUGCCUGCCGCGGGCUACCCCCCUCACAUGGGGGGCGCGCUUAUGGUGCCGCCUUAUGGGCUGACGGACGAGAACGGCAUACCCUAUGAGGACAACGGGCUGCCCGAUGAGUUGUGGGACUGGGUGGACCAAAUGACCAUAAGCGACCAGGACGAGUACGCGGCGAUGAACGGGUAUGAGAUGCAGGGGAUAGCUUAUGUGCCCGGGCAGCCAUAUCCUCAGAGCUUUUCUCCGUCGCCCCCAAUAGCUUAUGUCCCUGGUCAAAUGUAUCCGCAGACUUACUCCCCAGCACCUUACCAGCAGUAUGCGCAACCAUACCCUGAAGCGGCAAACCCGUAUCUUCAAACCCCUCAGGUUUACCACGCUACCCCGUUCCCUGCCGCCCCUCAGAACCCCCCCGAAACUAACUCCGAACACCCCCAAAGCAGCGAAACUGCAGAGACGCCUCAAACCUCCGGCCUCGUGAGAAACAACUCGCUAGACGACUUUCCCCAUCUUGCCUCUCCAAACGCAAACCCUUCCGAAACCGACAACGCAAACCCAAACCUUUCCCCCAAGGAUCAACCGAUCUGCCCUUUCGCGGCUGCCGGGGACUGCCCCCGGGAAAAAGACGGGGGAAGCUGCGGCCAAUUGCACGGCGACAAGUGUCCAUCGUGCGGGAAGCGGUGCCUGCACCCGCACCGGCCCGAGGAAACUAAAGAGCAUUUGGAGGGGUGCGAGAAACGGGUGAAGAAAUUGAAGCAGCUGCAGAAGAGCCAGAAGGUGGAGUGCUGCGUGUGUCUCGAGCGGGUCCUCUCGAAACCGCGGGUCGCCGAGCGCAAGUUCGGGAUCCUCUCCGGCUGCGACCAUGCCUUUUGCAUCGGCUGCAUACGCGGCUGGCGCAGCGGCGACCAUACGACGCCCGGAAUGGACCUCAACGCAGUCGUGCGCUCGUGCCCCGUGUGCCGACAGCAGUCCUACUUCGUAACACCGAGUGUGGUUUGGUAUGCCAGUCCAGAGGAAAAGGACCAGAUCUUGGAGGGCUACAAGCGGAAGCUCAAAGCCAUCGACUGCCGCCACUUCAACUUCGGUGACGGCAGCUGCCCAUUCGGCACCAGCUGCUUCUACCGACACCGAUUCCGCGACGGACGUGAGGAAGAAGUCACGCUGCGGCACCUGGGAACUGCGGACGGGACAGUGACCAUCGCAAAAUCAGUCAGGCUUUCGGACUUUAUCGAUCUUUCAGCUCUCAAGAAACGGCGAUGACACACGGAAGCAGUCGUAGGUACCGGCCAGCACGAUGAGAGGUAGAGGGUUUUGUAUACAGGCGUGCUAUGCUCGUUGUAGCCGUCCAGAGCCAGUUGAUACUUCACGAGAUGUGUAGGGAUUAAGGGUGACGGUAUAGGCAAAGGAGAGUACAGAAGACAUUGUCCAUGCUUCUUGAACGGGUGCUUCAGUUAUUUCAGGAGUUCGACAACUAUGUAGGGUCAUUGGUUGCACGAGUAUUUCUUGUCGGGAUAUUCUAAAGGCUUCGUGUAAGUUGCAAUGAUAGCGCCCUGGAAUCGAGUCGGCUGACGGAUCCCCAACUAACAUGUGUAAGAGCUAGAGAUGGUGGAUUGUAGAUAAAUGGACAUUCAGGAAUUGCCGUUUAUGUUACUCAAUGCACGGUGGUUGCCGUCAAGACCACCUCUCAAUCAAGCGGCAAUGUUGUCGCAAGCUACCU